CGGGGCUUGCGCCGGAAGCAGGAAGUGGCCGUUGGUACCGCCGGUGCCGUUUUUUCAGCCCGCGCCGCUCGGUACCGCGGAAAGGCCCGUCUCCCCCGGAAACAUGGCGGGGGUGAAAGCCCUGGUCGCGUUGUCCUUCAGCGGCGCCAUCGGCCUGACCUUCCUCAUGCUGGGCUGCGCCUUGGAGCUCUACAGGGUCUACUGGCCAUUAUUUGUCUUGAUAUUUUACAUCAUAUGUCCUAUACCUCACUUCAUUGCAAAAAGAAUAAGCGAUGACACGGAUGCAGCCAGCAGCGCCUGCAGAGAACUGGCAUAUUUCUUCACGACUGGAAUUGUUGUUUCUGCCUUUGGAUUUCCUAUCAUCCUUGCACGUGUUCAAGUAAUCAUGUGGGGAGCCUGUGGUCUUGUCCUAGCUGGCAAUGCAGUAAUUUUCCUUACCAUUCUAGGCUUCUUCCUUGUGUUUGGUAGGGGAGAUGACUUCAGCUGGGAACAGUGGUAGGACAUAACUGUGCUGCUGCUAAACAGAGCACAUUGUGUGUAUGUAUAUAUUGUGUAUAUGUUUUUGUGCAUGUCAGAAUGUAUGUGUGUGCAUGCACAUAGCCUUGCACUAUCAGAACAUAAUACACGUUUUAUACUUCUAUGUCAACCACAGGGAGGAGAGCCCUCUGACAGCUUUUUUUUUUUUUUUUUUUUUUAAUAUAUGUACAGAGUAAGCUAUAACUAUAAUGGCUAAAUCUGUCCCCAGAUAUGUUUACAUAAUAAUGUGAACCAUUUUAUUCAUUUUCACAAUAUAUGCAUUAUUAACAAUAUUUUUAAAUAUAGUAGUGCUGUUGAUAUGUGCUGGAAAUCAGCCAACAUGUCUGGUAUUUUUUACAGCAUAUUCAAAAUACUUAUUAGUUACAUGGCUUCUCUGACUUGAUUGACUUCGGCUUUGACUAGGAAUGGAACAAAUAGCUGUAAUUUUCAGUAGUUUGUUUUCUCAAGAAUUCAGACAAAGUCAAAUCUACAUAAUGGCCAUUGUCAACCCUCUUUCCUGAUCCACAGUAAGGAGAGGGGGAAAAAACAAUGCCUGUUUAGGGGGGCUGCCUUCACAUUUCUCUAAGCUUUGGGGCUCUCCUUGGCAUUAAGGUUCAUUGUGUAACACGUUACACUGAGCAGCCCACUUCUGCAAGUCAGGGAAUAUCAGCUUGGGUCUUGCCCCUUUUCCCCAUUUUUAUUCAAUGUUCAACAAAUGAAGGUAAAAAAAAAAAAAAAAGUUUUCAUUCCUGUUCUCCCAAUAAUUGUUGGUGGAUGUGGGGGGAGGGGUGUGUCGAAUCUAAUAGUAUAUUUUUAUACCUUUUACCAUGUUAAGAACUGACAUUUCUUAUUUGUUGAAAAAUUAGAUAUAAGAACUGGCAUCAAGAAAUGUAUAAUUAGUAUGCAUUGAACAACUCUAGUCUUGUGUGUGAAAUGCCUGAAUUAUAAAGAAAUUAAUUAGUCCAGUUGGAGAUCAAUAAUACAGUGGGAACUGUAGGAUUUGGUAUCUUUGUUCUUGUCACUUUAAAAAUAUGUUUACUCAAACUGUUUUUGUAUGAAAAGGUAAUCACAUUCCAAUGUUAUAGCAUAUUUUUAAAUGCUGUUAUUUUAUUAAGCAUUUGUCCACUUGUACCUUAUUAUAUUAGCAAAUUUUACUACGACACUGAGAGAGCAAAUCUUUCAUAUUGGAAAGGAGGUGUUUAAUUAUGUGGAGGUUUAUUCUGCUACAAACCUAACCUCAGAAAGCCAAUAUAAAAUAGUUUGGUACCUCUGAAAAUGUGCAAGGAAAUAGUUGCUCUAAUUUAUUCUGUCAUGCAAGUAUAGGCUUAGCAAACAUUGACCUCUGCACUUUGAAGUAAGAAACUGAAUGGUUAGAUUGGGCAGAUAUUUUAGUAGCAAAUUGAGACUGAGUAACUUCUCUGCCUGCAUAUUUACAGCUUAGUUCAUAAGGAAAUGUUGUCUGCCCAUUAAGGACUAACUGUGAAAGUGUGGAGAACAGUUGUUGAUUUUAAAGAGUUUGGUAUAAAAAUCUAAGACAGUGGUGCUCAACCUUUUUGUCCAGUGGGCCAGAUUGGCGGUGCCUGGUUCUUCUGUGGGCCAGAUGCAGCUGAUGGACCCUGGUUCUUCUGUGGGCCAGAUGUGGCUGAUGCGUUACGGAGAGGGCUGAGAGGUAGCCCAGCCCCAAUCUAGCCAUGUGAUGGAUGGGGAUUUGGCCCAGUCCCACAGGGGGAAGGGGACAUGACAGCCGCACUGUAGGGAGAGGUUGGGCUUGGCCCUCGACCUGGCUGGGCAGGAGGGAAGAAGGCAUGCUUCAACCCCAAACCAGUCCUGCAGGGAGAGGGGAUGUGGCCCUGUGAGAGGAAAGGGGCAUGGCUUGGUGCCAACCUGGCCAUGUGGAGGGAAGGGGGUGUGGCCAAGCCCCGAUCUGGCCAUGCAGGAGGAGGGUCAUGGCCUGGCUCCCACCCACUGAGUAGGGUUUGGGAUUUUGGCGUUGGGGAGGGGCAGCAGUAUUAAUUGCCACUGCUUCCCUGCUGUCAGAUUUCCCAACCCUUGGCAGCCCUGCAGACUGGAUUCCAAGGCUCUGCAGGCUGCAUUUGGUCUGCGGGCUGGAGGUUGAGCAUCCCGAUUUAAGAUAAUGCUGUUCUGCUUUACGUGUGUGUUGACAUCCAGAAUACGCUUUUCCAAAACUGGUGCCCUACAAACUGAAGUCCUGUGGAUUUCCACAUUAAUUCAGGGUUUGAAAACUAACUCAUAGUAUGUUAGUCUUCUGAAAUGGUGGAUCUUUUAGUUUAUCUUUUUGUCAGUGGGGGAAAAAGUAAAUUGAAAUAAUUUUGAAAUGCAACUAAUGCAGCGCAUUAAAAUAUUAAUUUACUGAUAGAAAAAAAUGUUUACCAUAUUUCAGUUGUGUUUUGUGUUUAAACAAACUGUCACUGUAUCUUGCAAGUUGAGAGAUCAAUUUGAUGUAAGCUUCUGUAGCAGUGAGGAAUGGAGGCAACAUCUGUUGCUGUUGAAUUUCAGACUGAUGUGUGUCUGAAACGGUUAUUGUGAAGUACUUGCCUUUGAGCAAAUUUUACUUUUCCUGCCUUCUUCAAAAUGGUUAUUUCUUGUCUUUACUGCAUAAUAUUUAGCAGAAAAAUAUUUGCAAAGAUGUCAUCAGAUGUUCUUAUUCCUGCCUUUUUAAAUCAUGGCUGCCGUCCUGUAGGUAAAUUUUUUUUAACCAUACUGAUGCAUGAUUUUAAUGUAGAAUCUGAGUAGUGUAAAGCAUUAUUUAGGACAAUUAUCUGUUCAAAUAACUGGUUGAGAUGUUUGCUGCAAAGUCAGUCCCAGUUGAUGGGCUUUGCCUGGAUUUUGAAGAAGAAAUUUUGUAUAUCAUUAACUGCUGUCAUUUCACUGUGCCAUUUUAUUGAGUAAAAAAUAAGUGUAGUUGAAAAUGGAGUUUAAGUGCACAAGCCUGCCAACUGUCUAAACUUAGCAUUGCUAUCAAGUAAAUUCAGUGAAGCAAAGUUUAAUAAGUAAGUGCUUAUUUAAAGGUUUAAAUUUCAUACUUGGUGUUUUACAAUUUGGUGUUUUUUUACACAAGACAGGGAUGUACUAAACGAUUGCAUAGCUUACCAAAUUAGAGCUACAAAAAAAUCUGUUUGAGGCAGUGUAGAAAAUUGUAUUUAAGUUUGAAUAAAAGAAUGAGAAAGCAAUAAAUUAAAAAAAAAAAAUUUUUUGGAAUAGGUAGUAACUCCAGGUUAGCAAGCAGAUUUCAGUUAAUUAGCAUCAGUAACAAAUGUUUAAGGAAGAAAAGAAAAACUGUGGUCCUGAAGAGAUGGCUCUAAGCUUUGACCUUUUCCUUUUUUUUCUGUGGAUGCUAUUCUGAUGGGUGCAUCUCAUAUUGGUAGAUACAUACUGACUAAGGAAAGCAAUAUUUUUUUUCUCCUGAAAAUUUAAGUGCAUUAAAUUUAAUAUUAAUUUUCAGGCAGUUAUCAUCAGUUUUUUCCAUUUCAAGUUGAAAUUUUGUUGUUAUUUCAGAUUAACAUGUAUAGCUUAAAUCUUGCUAUUUUCUUUUGGCCUCCACAAGGUCAACUUGUCUGAGUGAAUCUUCAGCUAAGUUUCCAUAGGAGGGGAGAAGUAGCCUUCAGUUAAUUUGUAAGGAGCUGUAUCUGUUCACAAGAUUCUGCACUAACAGGCACACUAACUGUCUGUCAACAUUUAUUUACUACAGUUUCCUUCUUAUAGCUUUUCUACAUGGCAGUGAACAUGUAUCCAAAGUGCCUUAGCCUCAAGAUUAUUGUAGUUUGGAGAAGGCAUUAACAUAAAAACAACACUAUAUAUUUUGCAAUCAGUUAAAAAAAAUCACAUUGUAUAAAUCUUUACUGUUGACUAAUCACCUUUUCUGUAUUUUUAAAAUACAGCACAGCUUUUGUAACUUUUGUAAACUCUAUUUGUAUUUUCCAUAAUUGCCUGGUUACUGAAAUCAUGAAGUAUUAAAACAUUUGUAAUUUAAAACAUGCUGUUUUUUUUCCAAGUUAUCUAAUAAAAACUGCUUUAAAUGUAA